CUCCAACCUUCUUUGUUUUUUUUUUUUUUUUUUCCCAUAACGUGCAGUUUACUUGAAGGUUACUGAGACGGCUAAGGGUGGGCGAAAGAGAAUGGCUCAGUUUGUUCCUUUGCCGGAGGUGGAGAGGCUUAGUGCUUCGGUGCUGCGCAUACUUGGUGGGAAUCCGGGGAAGUUUACUCUACAAGGAACAAACACUUACCUUGUCGGCCAAGGGCCUCAACGAAUUCUCAUCGACACCGGUGAAGGCAGACCGUUCUGGGCAACUCACCUGAAAAAAGUGCUGUCAGAUGAAAAUGCUACGGUGCAUCAAGCUCUCCUAACACACUGGCACCAUGAUCAUGUCAGCGGUAUUCCAGAUCUCCUCAGGCUUUGUCCCGAUGUGACUAUUUACAAGCACCAGCCAGGUGAGGGGCAAAACGAUAUCGAAGAUGGACAGAUUUUCCGUGUCGAGGGAGCAACCUUAAAAGCCUGCCAUACACCUGGGCAUACUGUUGACCACAUGAUGUUUUUGCUCGAAGAAGAAGAUGCCAUCUUCACUGGGGAUAAUGUCCUGGGCCACGGAACAGCAGUUUUUGAAGAACUGAACGUCUAUCUCGACAGUUUACAACGGAUGCAAACCCGGGUGUCCGGACGCGGAUACCCAGGCCAUGGCCAAGUGAUUGAGAAAGCGACGACGAGGAUUGUGGAAUAUAUCAAACACAGGCAGCAGCGCGAGGACGAGAUCAUCCGAGUUCUUCGGUAUGGCAAACUCGAUGUAGGUGAGACCGAGCACUCCCCUGAACGACAGACGGGCUGGACCCCUCUUGAAAUCGUGAAGGUAAUAUAUCACAAUGUCCCCGAGAACCUCCACCUUCCUGCCGCGAAUGGCGUCAUCCAGGUAUUGGGCAAGCUUGAAGAGGAAAGGAGGGUGGUCCACGACGGGGAUUUAGGGAGAUGGGCAUUGAACAGCGAGAAGUCUACCUUGUGAUUCCGACAUCAUGCGAACCACCGGGCAAGAAGACUUGAGAUUUGAUGAUGUUUCGUGCAGAACCAUAUCAUUGUCCGAGCGCCAGACUCUAUUACAACCUUUCGAUACCCAACGUUGAUACAGAGCAUAGAACGAGCAAGGAGUAAUCAUUGGUUUCGGUCAUCUUUCGAGACAGGGACUACAGGCGUGCAUGUUCUUACAGUAGUUUCAAUAAGAAAUAAAUGUCACUAGAUGCCUGGACUCGGUCCAGAGCGGUUGUGAGACCCCGCGACUCGUAUGAUAUCAGACUAACAUUAUUUGGAGUGAAGAAUC